AUGGGCAAACCUGCUCCCUGCAUGGAGCGAGUUGAACAAGGAGGGAUGCAGGUAUCAAAUUCCCAUUUCCUUUUGAUAAAGCCUGAGAAGAGCCUGGAGUUUGAGGGUCCAGCCUGGCACACGUCCAAGCCUCCCAUCCUCCUCCCUCUCUUCCAGAAACAGCUGAAACACCAGCAGGGAAAGGGAACCGCUUCCCGGGAGCUGACACCCUUGAAGGCAGACAAUGCCAACGCCGCCCCGCCGCCUGAAGAGGGGAAGGAGAAGGCCACGCUGCUGGAGGAGCAGAGGAGAGAGAUUAUAAAAAUCCUCCAAGGACACGAGGAGGAAAAGGAGAAGCUGAGGCAGGUCCUCCAGGCAGAGACCCAGAGACUUGCCCAAGACAUUAAAAUCCAGGUGGAAAAUGGAAAAGACGUGGAGCUGAAGGAGCAACUCUCGGAGCUGUUCAGUGCGCUGAAGAGAAAGCACGAAGGGGCCCUGCAAGAGCUCCGGCGAGCGCACGACCAGGAGAAGCUGCUGCUGGCAGAGUCCCACCAAAGGUCCCAGGAGGCCCUACAGGAAACAAUCGAUGCCUUGGAAUCCCAGCUGAAGUCCUUCCAGGAGAAGAUGAAGCGGGUGGAGGAAUCGCUCCUGAGCAGAGACUACAAGAAACACAUCGAGGAGCACGGGAGCCCCAGCCCCUUCUGGGAGCAGGAGCUGGAGAGCCUGCACUUCGUCAUCGAGAUGAAAAACGAGCACAUCCACGGCCUGGACAAGAAGCUGCUGAACCUGGAGACUGUGGUAGAGCAGAACCUGCUGCUGGAAGAGAAGGUGAAAACGCUGCAGCAGGAGAACGAGGACCUGCACGCUCGCACCCAGAACCACCUCAUCAUGAGCAGGCAGCUGUCCGAGGAGCUGGUGGCCGCGCGCGGGGCGCUGCAGAAGGAGUCGCAGCUGCGGGAGCAGGCGCACCGCGAGAAGGAGGAGCUGCUGUACCGCGUGCUGCGCGGCGACGACGCCGUCCCCUUCGCCGUCCCUCCCGACGUGCCCCUCGUGGCCACCACGUAG